ACACGCGCCCAGCCCCCCGCGGAAUCCCAAUUUCAACCAAAUCAAUUCCCCCCCUUCCUUCCACCCUCCCUCCUCGGGAGCUCGCCGCACCGCCGCUCCUCCUCCUCGCUGCUGGGAGGGCAGGGGAGGCGAGGGCAGGGGAGGGGAGGAAUCAUAUAUUCCUCCUCCGGCCGACGCUCCUGGUGGCAUCCGACGUUCAUUCCACACCGCCACGCCCAGCACAUCCCUUCUUUCUUUUGGUGCCGUCCACUGCAACUCCUUCAAGCGAUUCGCCUUCUUCGCGCAGGUAGCAAGCUCAAAUGGAGAACAGUUUCGAGAAAAAUAACAUGCUGAAAGAAUUCUACAUUCCGACCUAUAUUUUCAUGCCAGAGUCCUCGGUGGAGCAAGUUUCUCACAUACCCAGCUGUCCAGUGAUUGUUUUCAUCAACACCCGAAGUGGUGGCCAACUUGGACAUAAUUUACUUAUCACAUACCGCAAGCUUCUCAAUCAUGCUCAGGUGUUUGAUCUACUUGAUGAAACUCCAGACAAAGUCUUACACAAACUCUACAACAACGUGGAAAGGCUCAAGCGUGAUGGGGAUACUCUUGCUUCUGAAAUCCAUAGGAGGUUGAGGCUAAUAGUUGCUGGAGGCGAUGGAACAGCCGGUUGGUUGCUUGGAGUUGUAUCUGAUCUCAAGCUAGUUCAUCCACCUCCCGUUGCUACAGUUCCCCUGGGAACUGGAAAUAACCUGCCAUAUUCUUUUGGAUGGGGCAAGAGAAAUCCUGGCACAGAUCGUGAGUCUGUCAUAUCCUUCCUAAAGUUGGUAAAAGAAGCAAGAGAGAUAAACAUUGAUAGCUGGCAUACUGUCAUGAGAAUGAAAUGCCCAAAACGUUCUCCUUGCGAUCCAAUUGCUCCUUCUGAUUUGCCGCAUUCUCUGCAUGCAUUUCACCGUGUGCCAAAGACAGAUCCAGAAGAUAUGGAAUAUUCUUACACAUAUCGUGGAGGGUUUUGGAAUUAUUUCAGUAUGGGAAUGGAUGCACAAGUGUCUUAUGCAUUUCAUUCUCAGAGGAAAUUGCACCCAGAGAAAUUCAAGAAUCAGUUGUCUAAUCAGAAACAGUAUUUGAAGCUGGCAUGCACACAAGGAUGGUUCUGUGCCUCUUUAAGCCAUCCAAUGUCACGGAAUAUUGCUCACCUUGCAAAGGUAAAGAUAAUGAAGAAAUCUGGAAAAUGGGAAACCUUGGAAAUUCCACAGAGUAUCCGGUCCAUUGUCUGUCUCAAUUUACCCAGCUUUUCUGGUGGACUGAAUCCCUGGGGAACACCAAGUAAGAGGAAGCAAAGAAAAAGAGACUUGGUACUGCCUCCACUUGUGGAUGAUGGCCUUCUGGAGAUUGUGGGUUUCAAAGAUGCUUGGCAUGGCCUUGUAUUGUUAUCUCCGAAAGGCCACGGCACUCGUCUUGCUCAGGCCCAUCGUGUCCGAUUCAAAUUUCACCGGGGUGCAACUGACCAUGCCUACAUGAGAAUCGACGGUGAGCCCUGGAAGCAGCCUCUUCCACAGGAGGAUGACGGCAAGGUUGUCGUGGAGAUAUCCCACGCUGGGCAGGUCAAGAUGCUCGCAACCAAGGACUGUAUAGCCAAAGGCAUCAACGACUCCCCUAUGUCAACAACCUGCACAGAUUCCAGCUCCAGCGAUGACUCGGACGAUGACUUCACAGAGGAGCGGAGGAACUUCGGGGCCGCCUUGUCGUUCCGGUACAUGAAUGAUGUGAAAAAAACAGUAGAAGCUUGAAUCUCUAACUGGGCCCUGUACAGUUUGUCCUGCGUAGGAGAUAGAUCGUUGCACUGAUUUUGUCGAGCAGUGGACGUUGCCCCUGUAAGAUCCUUUUGCUGGCAAGGCUGUUUGUGUAUGGCAAAGUUGUUGUGGCGUA